AUGUCUUUCACCGAUAUUGUUACGAGAAAGCUCUCUAAGCAUACCUCCUUCUUUGGCCUUCCAUUAUGGGUUUUGAUAGUAUCUCUCUUUGCUUUCUUCCUUGUUCUCAUCGUUGCCAUCCUAUCACUCUACUUUGUCUUUUGUCGUCGCCGAAAAUCCUACAAAGGCAGCAACUUCUGUUUAACCAUUCCUGUCCCUUCCAAGCAUCGUCAUUUCGAUAGUCACAGCAUGUCUUCCCUCGAUAGGAGGUUGCUUUCACGUCACAUACACGAGUCUGAGAUGAGCAAUCGGGGGUAUUUGGAACAUCAUGCUGCUUUUUCUGAUGAUAUGGAGAAAGUUUCUAUGUACUUGCCGGGGGCUAAGGAGGUUUGGAGGCCGGGAAGCAGGUUUAGUCUAAGGGAUAUUGAGAUGGCCACGAACGGGUUGGCAAAAGCAAAUGUGAUCGGAAGUGGGGAUUAUGGGGCUGUUUAUCGUGGAAUUUUGUUGGAUAAUACGCCCGUGGCCGUGAAGAAGCUUGUUAGUGUCAGUUGCAAAGCUGAGGGCUUCAUAGCAGAAAUGGAGGCAUUUGGGCAAGUUAGGCACAAGAAUCUGGUCAAUUUGCUUGGAUACUGCAGUGAAGGGACUUACAGGAUGCUUGUAUAUGAGUAUGUGGAUAAUGGUAAUCUGUUCCAGUGGCUUCAUGAAAAUCCAGAAAAAGUCAGUCCUCUAACAUGGAGUAUAAGGGUUAAAAUUAUUCGAGGAAUUGCAAAAGGAUUAGCCUACCUUCAUGAGGACCUUGAACCGAAAGUUAUUCACCGAUGCCUAAAAUCCAGCAAUAUACUGCUUGAUCACAAAUGGAAUCCAAAGAUAACCGAUUUCGGCCUUGCUAUGCUUUUUGGUCCCGAGUGGAGUCGCAUGAUAAUGGAAACAUUAGGUUAUGUAGCUCCAGAAUAUGAUUCAACUGAUGCUUUCACUGAGAAGAACGAUAUUUAUAGCUUCGGGAUACUUGUCAUGGAGAUCAUCUCUGGGAGGACCCCUGUAGAUAGCCGUCAUGAUCCCCAACCAUAUUUGAUUGAGUGGCUGAAGUCAAUGGUUGCAAAUCACAAAGUUGAUUAUGUGCUGGAUCCUAAAUUGCAAGAAAUGCCUUCUUCAAAGGAACUCAAACGGAUUAUUUUGGUUGCUCUUCGAUGUGUGGAUCCUAAUAUAAAUGAUAGGCCUAAAAUGGGAGAUGUUCUUCACAUGCUCGAGCCUUGUGAUAUGUUACUCAAUGAUGAUCUCGGCCGGAAAAUGAGAGAAACUUCUUGUUGUAAUCACCCAGAAGAAAGUUUAGCCGUCUCCGUAUCUGCUGGUGGUGGUGGAUCACCUAACACAACAAAUAAAGGUGGUGAAAGCAGCUUCCAAAAGCUACCAUUUGAUGAUCAUUUUGGAAAUUAUCAUAGUGAUGAUCAUCAUGGAGGUCAUCAAUGA